CGUGACAAAGCUUGUAUGGUUGGAUUUUGGAACUUAUGAUUACCUGAGUUUCUUGAGCUGAUUGCGAGUUUAUAAAACUGGUCACAAAAAUGGAGGGGUUUAGGGUUUCGCCCGCCGACCUUCGUAGGGAGUUCCUUGCGCGAUGGCUCUCUCAUCCUCAGCUCGUCUUCUCCGCCGCGCCCUCAGAUCUUCCCCUUCGUUGUUUCCCGUUCAAUCUCAGGCUACCACCUUGUCCACCUCUCCGACACGCUUCAGCUCCUCCACUUUGUUUGGCGACGAUGAUGCUGCCACUAAAAAUCCCCCUCCUCCCCUCACCACACCCAAGCUCUUCGUGAGUGGGCUUUCAAGAUUAACCACUGAUGGAAAGCUGCACGACGUAUUUGCUCAAUUCGGUCAGCUUGUUGAAGCUAAAGUUAUAACUGAUAGAGUCUCUGGGAGGUCGAAAGGGUUUGGCUUUGUUACAUAUGCAACCAUUGAAGAAGCCGAGAAAGCUCGAGAAGGUAUGAAUGCCAAAUUCUUGGAUGGAUGGGUUAUAUUUGUCGAUCCGGCGAAGCCUAGAGAGCGAAAACCACCAGCUCAACCAGAGCCAGUCUCUUCUGAAACUGGUUUCAAAGUUAAUAAGACGAUUGGAUGGUGUGGAUAAUUGCUAUCAAUGAUUCACUAUUUUACUAUGAAAUGAAAUGAGAUUGUGUGCUAUGAUUGACAUGUUUAAUUUCAUCCAUUGAAAUUGAAAUGCUGAAUAUUAACAAGCUUUUGUUAUACAUUUUUCUAUUUAAGUCUGUUAUUCUGGUUAA